GGGCAGCAAUGCGUAAACAAACCCUCUGGCAACUCCUCCGCCCCCUUGGCGCGCUCGCCCCGCGCCCAUCGCCGUCGCCUCCGCCGCCACCGUCACGGUCACCGCGGGCUCCGCUGCCGUCGUCCUUUCCCCCCGCCCUCCAGCGGCCGGGCCACCCGGACCCCCCGCCCGCGCGGCUCGCGCCUCGCCACCGGGUCCUGCUCCGCCCCGCCCGCGCGGGCUGCUCACCUACCGCCCCACGCGCGCGCGCUCGUGCACCACGCGCCCCGUGCGGCCCGCCCGGAACGUGGCCUCCCGAGAGCUAGGUAUGAAAAAGCAGGACAGCCAAAAGGAGUGAUGCUCAGUGACCUGUACUCAGGCUGGAUGCUCAUGCUCAUGCCUCAGGACACCUACAAGAUCAUUGUGCUAGCUCCUGGGACCAGCUUUUUAUUCCCUUAGUGCCCCUCUUUGCUUGAACUGCUAAAGCCAACUGACCACGAAUGGCUACCCAAAGGAAACACUUGGUGAAAGAUUUCAACCCUUACAUCACCUGCUACAUCUGUAAAGGAUAUCUAAUCAAGCCCACCACAGUAACAGAAUGCCUGCAUACAUUCUGUAAGACCUGUAUUGUCCAGCACUUUGAAGACAGCAAUGAUUGUCCAAGGUGUGGCAACCAAGUUCAUGAAACAAAUCCAUUAGAAAUGUUAAGGCUAGAUAACACAUUGGAGGAAAUUAUCUUUAAGCUGGUGCCUGGACUGCGAGAACAAGAACUUCAGCGUGAGUUGGAAUUUUGGAAGAAAAAUAAACCUCAAGAAAAUGGGCAAGAUGACAUUUCCAAGGUUGACAAAUCGAAAGCAGAUGAAGAAGGUGACGAAAACCAAGAUGAUAAGGACUAUCAUAGAAGUGACCCGCAAAUUGCUAUCUGUCUGGACUGUUUACGAAAUAACGGGCAGUCAGGGGACAAUGUAGUAAAGGGUCUCAUGAAGAAAUUCAUUCGCUGUUCUACACGAGUUACUGUAGGAACUAUUAAAAAGUUUCUAAGUUUAAAACUAAAACUUCCAAGUUCUUAUGAGUUGGACGUACUGUGCAAUGGUGAAAUUAUGGGAAAGGAUCAUACUAUGGAAUUCAUCUAUAUGACAAGAUGGCGACUAAGAGGAGAAAAUCUUUGCUGUCUGAACUGUUCAGCCUCACAAGUCUGCUCUCAGGAUGGCACUUUGUACCAGUCAUACCCGAUGGUAUUGCAGUAUCGCCCAAGAAUUGAUUUUGGGUAGGCCCAGGCCCAGGCUGCACCGAAUGAAUCCUGCACUAUUUGUUUACUCGUCGACAGAUUGCACAGUGAAUGGUGUGUGGACUUGAGAGACACAAUCUGAUUGCAGCAUGCACAUACGACCGUUGUCUGUCUCUAAGUUGUCAGUGUCCUUCGUGUUCUAUUAGGAGCGAUCCAAGUGCCCUUUUGCUACUGACCAUCUGCAUAAGAUAUCCGUGCCGUCUUGGUGUGCAGGGCGCGGCUGGAGUGAGUUAGGUGUCCGCCGGGGCUCUGCUUCCUCAGUGUCUGGCUUGCCUGUUGCAAGGUUGUUGUAAUGUUAAUUACACUAGUAAAAUGGCUCAAUCCUUGUGGUGUUGCAGUUUUCACAUACUUAAUACUUUUAUUCUUAUUGAAAUAGAGUACUGUACAAGAACCUAGUAUAAUUAUAUCUUGAAAUUAUUUUGUAUAAGAAUAUAUUUAGAAAAGUGGUUUCUGAGCCACUGUCCUAUUCUUGGUAAACUUUUAUGUAAAAAAGAAUAAACAACCAAAAAAAAAAAAACCCAAAAUGCCAGCUUAUUCUUGAGUGUGCAAGUCUUUUGUGAAGAAUUCCAGUUAUUUUUUUUGACCAGAGCACAUUACAAUUGGAGCUGUCCUAAACAUUUGUCUAGGUAGUCUACCAUUGCACAGGAAAUCGCAUUAGGCCUUCAUGUUGAAACAUAUAUGACUUGGACAACUGAAGUUCAAAAUGUUGGCAGCUGAUCAUAUCGACUUCUAAUAAAAUAUAUGUGUAAGUACAUUAAUGUUUGUUACUGUCUUAGGCAAGUGAGUGGUGUCUAGCCAAUGCCACGUAUACACCAUUGUAUCAUUGAUGCCAUUUUAUGAAAGCAUUGCUUUUUAAGGUGGCGUUAGGUGGGUAUCGUGGAAUGCAGAGGGUUAUAUAAGGUGACUUUAAAUACUAGGAUUUUUAGAUAACAUUCACCCUUUUAUGGAUUUCCAAACAAUCUCAUAUUGUUAGCUGCAUAUCACAUUUCCAAACCAUAUACACAAAAAAUAAACACCAUGUAGUAGAUAAAUAUGCUAACCAAAAUUAAUGGUUUGGGGAUACUGUUAUUCUAAAUACUGUAGUAACCAGGGGAGGUGGGGUUAUUGUUUUAACUGAGUUCAUUAAAGGUGAGUGGAUUAGAAGUCAGAACUAUGCUGAUGCCCUUGAUGUUGGCAGUUUGGUUUAGUCUUCAUUUUGAAAUUAGCCUUCAAGUCGAACUAAUACCUUACCACAUGCAAAACCUUUUAGAUCUUGUAAGAUACAUAGUUGUUAAAACAGGGAAAGAAAACUGGAAUAUGUCUGCUGGUUGCUUUGAAAGAAGCUCAGUUCUGAGAAGAGGGAAAUGAGGACAAAUGGAUUGUUUUAGAAAUCAGAUAAGAGCACCAUGUGGUCCACAGGUCGUUUUUCACACCAUGAACACAGGUGCUCAUGUUUUCCAGUAAAAUAUUUCACAAGUUAGUGCUUUCUGAGUUCCAGAGUACUUCAUAGAAAUGAACAUUAUGCAGCUCUGAGAAGUACACAGAAUGCAGCUCCAUCUUGGUUUAUUUCAUAAUAUAAAACACUGGAAAUUUAUUAUUAUUAUUUUUCCUUACUUUUUUUUCAAGUCAGAAAGUUUGUAUUACAGUUGUUGCACUAGAAGGUCACAGCGGUUCCUUAGCUUCAUCUUGUUGGUCAGGAUGUUUCUGUAAGAACUCAUGAUCAGGAUUUAAAAGGCAUUUGAUUUACUCAAGUGUAGAGAAGGCCAUAACACUUGACCAAAAAACUGAAUUUAUUACCUAACUACAGAAAUUAUUUUGGUGUCUUGCAAAACCUAAUUCCUAGUUAUCCUUAAAUUUUUAAAGAUCUUAACAAUUCCUCACAUUUAGAUAAAAGUGUUUUACAUAUAAAGGUUAAUUUUAAUUAACUUAAGUCAAAAUCAGUUUUGAAAGCCAUAUGCUAAGAGUUGGUUAUUUGGCUCCUCAAACAAAAUUUAAGGCCAUGGGUGAAUUUUAUGUACAAGGUCUCUUUAAAUUUUACUUGUUGCCUGAUCAUAUAUAAUGGCUAUUUUCCAAGGAAUAUGUAGGAAACAGCAAUCAAAAAGCAGUUUUAUAACAAUUUCCAUAUGUUUUGCAUAUGCUUUCACUGAGAUGCAGUUUACUGUAUGCCAAAGCAUAGCAUUAAGGAUGUCUGGCCUCAAAGGAGGGGGCAUGGGUAAUGCGUGGCUAGUGGGAUGGGCUUCUUUAGCCAGUCUCGUCUGGUAUGCCCACUUUCUUGUCUGGUGUGCCUCACACUGAACUUCACUCAGUUACCCUUGUCUGGAACCCACACACAAGCACUGUAGCCAGCAUUACAUAUACAGGGUUGCUAACAAAUCCCCUGGCACCUCCUACCCCAAGUUUAAAUCUCCAGGAGUAACUAUCUGAAUCUAUAAACACAAGAAUAAAUCCGCUGUUCUUCAACCUGUGUUCCUUAAGCAAUAAACUAAAGAACUCCACUCCAGAAAAGAUUUUGUUACCUGUUUUACCUGCCUUAAAAAUCAGACAUAAAGGGCCAUGGAAUCUUGGAUAUAAAGAAUGCCUGUGGUCAGUAGGAAUCAUUUAAAUUGCAGUAAUGAUAUCACUUAAUAGAUAAAAAUGUCCCUUUUUCUAGACUAGAAAUAAACUAAAGGCUCAUUGAUGAGAUUAUAUUAAAUCUGAGGUUUGCGUGACUAGAAUUAUGUUUUUGACAGCUUUUAAGUAUUCUUUACUCACUAGGCAUAUGCCCAUACUAAUAUGCCACAUUGUACAAAUGUAGUGAGUUAGCACAAAUGUUAAUUUAAACUGAGUCCUUAAGGAAAAAAGUAAGUGUUAUUUACCAUUGUGAACUGCUAAGCUUUACUGACUGUAUAAAUGAAAGUGCCUCAUUACUGAAGUGCAUUUCUGUUUUAGGUUUCCUGCAUAUGUCUCCAGUUAGCUGUACUUGGCUCACAAAUGUUCUCAUAUCUAAAUGGGCACUUAUAAGCUAAAAUAAUCUUUUUUAAAAAGAGUUUUGUAAGAAUAUAGGUAUCACCAAAGACAUUUUACUGUUAGUAACCGUGUUAGAGACAGUGUGGACAGCCCAGAAGAUGAAAGCUGUUCCAUUGUAACCUGAUUGUGAAUAAGCAAUAGUAACCAAGAUGGGUUACUAAACUAUUACCAAGGAAGGUACUGAACUGAGUUUUUACAGUGGGCAUGUUUCCCUUCAGAUACUUUAACUGGUUUGGUUUGGUUUGGUUUUUGAGUUUGUUCAUCUGGUAGGUCUUAGAAAAUCCUCAAAUAUGAAAAAAAUAAACAAUACAAACAUACCCUCCAUGAAAAAUGGAAGAAAUACAAACUUAGAAAAGAAAAAUUGAAAUUGAGAUUUAAAAUUUUUAAAAAGCCUUUUAUUCUAUUGAGGUGGUAUGAAGGAAAUUAUCCUAUUUGGCUCCACUUAAGAUGGGCUUUAAUAGAAGUCCUCACAGGCCUGCCUGUGUGAACCACAGUACAACAGUUUGUGGGGUUUAUAGAUGGUACAAGUGCUGACAAGCUUAUGUAGAACACGGGACAUUCUAGAUAUACAGAAGUACUUUCGUUGGUUUCAAAAGUGAAAUCCCACAAGGUCCUGUGAUUGUAUUUUCUCUAAAAGUGUUUCUUAGCAGCCACUUCAUUGUUACUAAACUUAGCUAUGUGGCCAAAUUUUGACAAAAUGGAGCCCUGAAAAAUCUCCCGGUAUGCCAUUCUUUCUUUUGGGUUGGCAAUCUGCUUUGCACCGCACUGAGAUAAGAUCAGCCUGAGGUAAGCCCCCGCAACCGUCCUGUGUAUGCAAACAAUGUACAACUGAGUCUCAUCAGUUCCUCUGAUUGGGUAGAAAUUCUUUAGAAAACUAAGCUUUAUACCAGUAGAAUAUUGGUAUGAAUUUGCCAAAACUUCUGGAUUAGAAUCACAAAACUUGAAAUGCCAUUGUUUUCAGCAUGUAGCUCCCCUGGAGAGCAGUAAGGGACAAACGUGUCUGCUAGGUCUGGCCAUGACAAAGUGAACAGUUGUCAGGUGCAUUACAGACUUAGAAGCGCUUCAGAGACCAGAAUCACCAGUUGUUUGAAUUUACUUGAUAAGCUUUGCUCUGCGUGUUUUAACUUAAAAGCAAAAACAUGAAAUUAAGGUAAAAAGCAAACUGUCUUUACAUAGUAGGGACCUUAUUGCUUUAUGUUAAGUAGUGCUCCUCAGGUGAUUUGAAAGUGCUUCUCUUCCCGGAACUUGAGUUUCACAAUUAGUAAGUUUACUGGUCAUUGUAUUCUUGAGUAGGAUUAAAAUGUUUGGGCAUUUUUUUCAGAAAAUGAUAAAAGUUAAAUUCCAAAAUAAUUGCUGUAAAUUCUUGAGCAUCUGUAUCUAUCCUCAGGCCACUUUCCCAUAAUACCAAACAGCAGUUUUCCAGAGAUGCAUUAAAUACUAGGUCUAGUUUUCUUCUGUUUUGUAGAGCUUUCUAGAAAAAGAACCAACUGUAGCACAAACGAAGACUAACCAUUCUAGGGGCAUCUAUACAAAGUCUAGUGUGUUGACAUAAGUCCAGGAGCAGGAGGUCUUCCUACACAUUCACAUCGUUGGAGGUCAGCCUGGCUCUGUUGGAGGCCAUUUUUCUUUUGCAGUCUUUUUCAGAAUGGGGUUGCGGGCCUAAGUGUCCUUAUGAAGCUGCGGUCCAGGGCAAGAGCGUGGGGGUGGGGGUGGGGGUGUCCUUCACUUUCCUGUGUCUGGCACCUCAACAGCGAUUAUUUCUUAGAGUAGCCCUCGUGGUUAUUAAAUCUAGCACAGAAUAUAUUGUAAAGUUAUGUUGCUAAUUUUAUUUUGAAAUAUGAACUAUUUUAAGCUUUUUGUCAAAAGUGGUUAACAUCUUAAUACAAAUAAAAACCUUUUUGUGGUUAUAAGAUUUAGCUUAUGAAUCAUUCAAAUUGAAGUGAAAGAAUUACCAGGUCAUUGUUAAUGACAGUCUAUUAAGAAUCUAUGUAUUUUUGUAAAGGAAAAGCACUCGUAGAUAUUUAAUCAGUACAAGGUGUAUGUCUGUUUUGCAGGAAGAAAAUGCUGCUUAGAGAUUCUCUUUAAAUAUUUUUUUAUUUUUGUGCUCCUGUAUUUUCUGUUGAUCUUCUGAAUGUUCUGUACAAAAUUGUAUGACCGUACUGUUGAGCUGGAUACAUUUUUUUUUAACUCUGGGCUUAGCUGUAUAUAUUUGACCAUGUUGAAAAUAGCAUCUUUGUUAUUAAAUUUUUGAUUGUA